AUGGAAGUAUCGACUCAGAUCACCACUUACUCAGCUACACUAUAUAAUACACCAUCAACGCUAUUACCAGAGCAAAUAGCAAACGUUAUUACAGCAAUUACUUUGGCUGCUCGAUUAUCCAUUCGUUGUUCAUCUCUUUUGAUAGAAGCUCUUAUAGAAUCUGUUAAAUAUAGUACGUCGUUUUCCUUUGGCGUUUCUAGGCAUGUCAUCAUCAAUGCAUUAUCCACAGCUAAAAAAUUUCAUGAAUUAACCUCUACAAACAGCUUAUCAAUUGACAAGACUAGUUUUUUGCAAGUGUUAGAUAAAUAUACAAAUCUUGGCAUCUAUAUUGUUCAUCAUUCAUUCACCCUAGCCGAGCUAUUCGCACUCUCAGGCUUACAUUUUACAUCCCAAACCAUCAAGUCUGGUCUCAUGGCUGCGGAAGAGUCUGUUGGCAUUAUUGACGGAAUAUUUGGAUCAAACGAAUCAUCCCGAGCAAUUGCUUCAAUCAUUACACUCGUACACAACGAGCUAGUAAAGGAUCCAGAAUUUAAGCUAGCUAAAAUAGGCAAAGUAGCCAUCCUGUCAGGAUUAACAAAAGCAAUCACCUUGUUUGCUAUAAUUCAAAAUUUCACCCACCAUAGAACCGUCCGCCAAAUGGAUAUCAACCUUUUAUGGAAAGGCUUGGUUGUUGAAGAAGAAAGGAAUGAACAGUCAUUAAUACAGUUCCAAAGCAAGCAGGACAAUACCACUCCUUCUAGCUCUGCCCAGGAAUCAUCACAUUCAGAUAUCAUUCAUGAAUUGGAAGAAAUUUUAUCAGUUACACCAUCAGAAUUUCCUGAAAGUAAUAAUCAGCCAUCUAUUGGCGAGAAUGAAAAAGAGCAGACAACUGUUUGCCUAAGUUAUGAUAAGAGAGGAGAGCCUUAUGGUCUAUACGAAAUAACUACGACCACGAAACGUACGACAACAAAGACAACUCGUAUCAGGCCAAUUGAUACCAAUGAAGCAGACCAAUCGUUUGCAAAACAGAUUGUUGAACAAACGAACGAGGAAGAGAAUGAAACUUUUAUGGCCGCUGUCGACACUCGGCCAGAUACCUCCUAUGAGCUGACCAUCCCCGGAGCAUGGCCACAGACACAGGGGUCUCAAUGUGUUCAAUGGACAAAGCCGCAAAAGAAAACUGGAUUCAAGAUUAUGCUUUCCUCUAUCUCAAAGAAGUUAGCAAGGAAAAAAGUAGAGCGGCAGACCAACUAUGGAAUCAUUUCGCCAGACGAUGGUCAUUUAGAUCCCACAGUAGAAGGGUCCAUUCAAACAGUGACUAGUACCUCAACCACAUUGCGCUCCACACUUUCAACCAGCAGCAGCAUACACCAUUAUCAGCAGGGCUCUGAUAAUACAGAAGAAAGACCACUUCCUUCGUUGCCAGGCAGUUCUACAAGCUUCAUGGAAGUCAAAUCACCACCAAAGCGACGCAAAUCAUGGAGCGGGCUCAAAAUGAAGAAUAUUGGCCGUAGAAAAAGCAUUACCAACUUGAUUCAAAAAGGCACAGAUGCCUUUUCAAGCAAAAAAAAGAAGCCAAGAUCAAACCCACCUCCACCACCUUUACCUUCCAGAAGAAACUCCAUCAGUAGCAAUAGUUUACGUAGAUCUACAUCCAUCAACAGCGUGACCUCGCUCUCAAGCAUCGCAAGAACACUUAAAACGACAACAUACUGCACAACAACACCACACAUAACACCCACAUCAUCUUCUAGAUCACUCAUUCGUUCCCCUUCAGUACCCUCUCGGCUUUGUCCACCCAACGCGACAUCUGUCUUGGAGAUGGAACCUAAUCCUAAAAACUUUCCUCGCAAGCAUAUCAUUACUAAUAUUGCUCACUUCAUUCGUUAUGCCAGCGCUGCCUAUGGAGAAUCAUUCAUGCGUAUAUUAGGGAUUGGUGAUAUCCCUAGCGUACUUCCAAAAUCACAUCACCCAAACCAUCACGCCUUUGCUCACCACACCGGUGUCUCUGUCAGCGAUAUUUUACUAUCGAGCUACACAGAUGACAGCAUCCUAAGCUCAUUAACGCAUUCCAAACCUCACGCUCUAGUACAUUAUGUAACAGUAGAUCAUUUUGCUGAAGCCAUUGUGCUUACCUGCCGUGGAACGCUCGGUCUGAGUGAUAUCUUGACAGAUCUAACGUGCGACUACAAAGAAUUUGUGUUACCCACUGAUAAACUACUAUAUGAGGAACAAAAGAAGGCAAACGGACACUGUGAUUCUCCUAGACGCUACAUUGCACAUGGUGGCAUGCUUGAGGCUGCUCAGAUGAUGGCAGUGCAAAAGGGAAAAGUAUUUGAAGCUAUCAAAAGGGGCCUAGAGGCGUACCCCAACUAUGGCCUUGUCCUCUGUGGACACUCACUCGGCGCUGGUGUCACGAGUUUGCUUAGUAUUCUUUUGAGUGAAGAAAGAGCUCAUUAUUUAUCAAGAAAACAAGCAACAGCUGAAAACGAAGGAAAGCUACUGAGUGCGCUUACAACUUCCUCUAUCAAAAAAGAAGCAUGUCCGUUUGUGACGUCUGAACUAUCAGGCUUACCUGCAGGUCGACCCAUUCACUGCUAUACCUAUGGAUCCCCUUGUGUCAUGUCUUUGGCACUUAGUGAAUACUGUGGUCAAGGGCUAAUCACGAGUGUCGUUCAUGGUUAUGAUAUUGUUAGUAGCCUAAGUCUAGGCUUACUCAAAGAUUUCAAAAAUGUUGCAGUCAGUCUUCAUGAAGAAAGUCAUGUUGCUGAUGAAAUCCUUACGCGCAUACUUUCUUAUUACCAAAAGAAAAAAACAAACGAAAUUACUCCAGAAGAAGAAGAGAAUGAGCAAUGGUUUUGGGCAUUGAUCAAGACGAUGCGAGCUGAUAUGAAUGCAGAAAAAUUAUUCCCUCCGGCCACCACAUACCUUAUAGAAGCUAUACCUCAACUAGCUCAACAUACCCAAUCGAGGUCUACAUCAUCUCAAGAAAAGACACAAGAAUCAAAGCAUAAAACUGCUUAUAUGGUACAGUUUAGUCUGUGUAAUAAUAUACAAGCUAGGUUUUCAGAGAUCGUUUUCUCGAAAGCUAUGUUUAUGGAUCAUUCUCCAAAUAUGUAUGAAAAGGCAAUCAAGUUAUUAAAUAAAGGCUAUUUCAGUUAA